AUGAACUUGAUUGAACCAGACUUUGAUAGCUAUCUUUCCUACAAUAAUUAUCUUGAGAAAGUGGAAGACUACACCAAUGGGAAAGACGAAAGCAUAUAUGACGAGCUCGAAAAGUUUAAAGAGGAGCAUCUGAUGAAUAUCACAAAAAAUGCCAAGCUUCAAGAAACAUCGAGUAAGCCUGCAACGAUUAUCUUGGAGAAAUCCUUUUCAAGAGCAAAAGCCUCGACCACUACGUACCUUCCAUCGUCGAUCAGCAAAAAGCUAGCAGAAAACUUGCCAUCCUUUGAUGAGAACACAAUAAUGAGCAUUGAAGAUGAUGCCCAAGAAGAUCUGCCCCCCUUUGAUCCGCUAGAGGGAUGUAUAAAACUCGCUUUGCCAUUUGAUAUCUCCCAAGUGUUGCAUGAUCCCAUCUUAGAUGGCUGGAUAUGCCGAAUCGAUGUUGUUGCAGGCGGAUGCAAGCCGCACAUUUUCCAAGAAAGGGCUCUUCAUAGCUCAUAUGCGAUUGUCAAUACUACACCAUAA